UGUAAGUCUCAAAUGUAAAUUUUUCUUCUUACAUUUUGCAUGUCUCAAACACCUGUGCCAAUCAUACAUGGUCACACACUUUUUCUUUUUAGAGGAGAGUAAUGUAUACCUUCAGGAGGAGAGCAUAUAUGAACCAGUGGGGGAGCGAGAAAAGUCUCAGGAUACCAGGUGGAAAUUGCCAAACAUCAAAAGCUGUGGAUCAGAGUCAGGACAUUCCUGGAGACAGUAUUCAACAGAAACAGGUAGAUUAAUUGGAGUCAAGCCAGAGGUUUCUACAUAUGUUAUUUGGCACAUGGGCUGAUUUAAUAUUUGUUCUACGCCUUGUGUGUUUCUCCUAAUCCUCUCACCUCCUUGUUUGUAUGCCCUAAAUUCCUCAUUCCCUUGUGUGUCUGUCCUUACUCACUCAUUUUAUUAUGCAAACAUCAUGAUCAUUACUGUGUCCAUUCAACCCCCUAUCACUCUUUGCCACCAACACUUCCCACAUAACCUGAUUGCGGCAUUGUCAAGUUGUACCAAGGAUGAGGUGCAUGCAAUUGGUACAAGCUGUGAAUGAAACUGCAAGCAGUGUGUGAUUUGAGUAGAGAUACGUUUUAAUAUAGCAUUAAUUCGUGUUCCAGUACCCACCACUAUAGCCUAUUGAACUGCCCCCCAAAGCUUCAAUCCAUGCACAGGAUCAUAAAAAGCCUCUUGUGUGGUUCUGCUCAGUAAAGUUACAAUUCAUAGAUCAUACCUCUCAACAUUUCCAAUGUUGAAUAGACACUUCAUUUUUAAGAGUGUGAGUGUGGGUAUGGCCAGCGUGGAGCUAUUCUGAAACAUUUUGGGUGAUUUACUAAUAACAGUUUAAGCAAAUAAAAUAUAAUUUAGAAAAGAACAAUGUAUCUUAUUUACACAGACUGAUUUCUAAAAGCAUUAAUUGUAGUUUAAUGAUAACUGAGAAUUAUUGCUGUGCAACUCUAUUAUACACUGAGACAACAACAACAAUGUGAAGCUCCUAGAAGAGGAACAUGAGGAUAGAAUAGAGGGACAAGGGGAUUUUGGACCAAAAAGGGACUGACCUUCCAAAGUAUGGAAACACAGAAGUUUGAUAUAGGUAGGAGGUAUCAAGUUGCACUGCGUGAGUGACUGGGUCGAAAUGAGUUGUAAGGAAAAACUGGGUUGUUUUUUCAAAUGUGAAAGUUUAUUUAAUGCAGGUAUAGCAAAGCUGAAUAGUUGGAUAUAUAAACUAGGUUACAAGAAAAUCAAUGUAGAUUACAUUUUUAUUUAAAGUAAACUAACUUUUCUCUAUUACAGGAAGGUUACCAAGACUGAAGAUUUUCUUUAGCGUUGUGUUUUUUUUCCUGGUGUUGCUGAUUCUGUCUCUCUGUGGGCUGGGAGCCGGACUGGCUAAAUGUACGCAUUUACAAUACAAGGCAAAAAUGUACAGUCACAAUCAGUUUUCCAUGUUUAUUAAGUAAUUAUUAGACUUGAAAAUUCAUUUUCGGAAGAACACAUUUCAGUCCAAUUGUUGGCUAUUUGUCCAAAAGACAAAUGUAUUAGUAUAAACUAAAACAAAUAAAAUGAAGACUGAAUUGCUUGUUGGAGGAAAUGUUGACUAGCAAUUUAUUCUUGGAUUUUAGUCUGUUAUAUGGCAGGAGCUGCUUGUUCAUGGCUCUCUCCUUGUAAUAUUUAAAAAUCUCUUGUGCCCCCUUCACCCAAUGGGUUUCAACGUGACCUACAUAUUAGUAUAAGGGAGGGUAAAAAAAAAAAAGAUUAAAAACCAAAUAAUUUGAAAAUGAGUUAUCUACCAAACAGCUACUUUAUUUGGUAUCCUGAAAUAUAGUGUGAAUCCCACAAGGGUACUAAUUUAGGGAGUUAUCCAUCAAAACGGCUGCAAGGUGCAGCCGCUGCACGAAUGGAAACACAUUCGUCAAAAUGCAAAUCCAAUAAGAAAACAAUAAUACAAUUUUGUUUGAAAAUGAAUUGACAAACUGACAAAAUUUGAAACAAAGUUUGGUGGUGCCCAAGUCUAGUAUUCAUGUAAAUUCUUGACAAUUUAGCAUUUUACUAACCAUAAAAGUGGAAGCAGGAAGUACAAGUUGAAAGAACUAUUAUAGAGAAUGGAGUUUUGAAUGUUUGCAAACUGGUUUUCUGUUUGUUUGUUUUAUUGAGUGACACAGAAGCAUAGAUUUGCUUAAAGCACUGUUAUCAUAAUAGACACACACAGCAGGGUUAAACUCUAAAAAACACACUUUUUUACAGAUUACGCUAUGACGGCUGAAAUAGAGACUCUAAAGAAGGAUCAGAAGAUAGUAGACUCUCUUGGUGAGUAGAGACCUUGAUUGGGAGUUAGAGGACUUACCAUUCUUAAGAUAUUUCAGGAUGUGACAGUUACAAGAUUUUGUUCUAAGCUAAGUCAAGGGUAUUUACUGUUCAGUGAAGUUUAAGGGGGUUGAGCAAGUAGAAUUAAUAAAGGGUUAUAUUGUGGCACUGGAUAGUAUAUCGUAUGGGUCACUGGUUAGAUAAAGCACACAGUUUCAAUGAAAUAUAACAAUAAUAUAGACAUAAUUGUUAUUAUAAUUUGUGAUUUUCAAGUACAUCCUGAAGCCUAAAUGUUAUUAAUACCCAAUAUAAUGGUACUUACUUGAUUGACCUCAGCAGGAUGGAAGGAUACACUAUAUAAACUGUCAGACUGGUGCAGAACUAAGGGGUUUAAGUUAUUCCAUUAGCACUCUAAAUGACAUAUGCUACAAUUAAAGGGACACUCUUAGAAAUAUAUAUAUAUAUAUACACACAAAUUUAACUGAACAACCAUAUUUUUCUUUUCUUUUUUAACCGCAAAUUGUGUUAAUAUUAAUCGUGUGAAAUUCCUUUCCACUUACACCAUUUGUACAACUUCCUUUUUCUUUCCUCUCUAGGCUCUUUCCUUUUAUAUAAUGAAGACCGCAAAAAGUGUGCAGAUAUACGUUUUUCAUCUUUAUCAUCACAUCAGCUUGAGAUGACAGCCUCCAUCUGCUCCUCUGAUUCCCCCUCCCAGUUAUUUCGUUGGUUCCCAGGUGGAAAGCUACUGAACAUAAAAGCAAGACAAUGUGUUGGUGUCAAGGGAACUCCCCGGACUCUUAUUCCCUUGAUAAUCUUGCCAUGUGAUUCCCAAAAUGUGUUAAGCUGGGUCUGUACUAAUGAAACCCUUCUGGGAAUUAAGCAACAUAGUCUUUACUUCAACUACGGAAACAAUCCACAGGGCGCAGUCAUUCUGUAUGGGGGUAGUGGCUCCUGGAGUCGCUGGAAAUCCCGGGAUAUUGAUGGGAAGUUACAGGCUGGAGGAGUUUGUGCCCAAACAUGCAGGCACUGAUAUAUGAAUUGUACUAGUGCUGACAGUUUUAGCUACCAGUACAGGAUUGAGGCAAGGUGUUGGCUGUAAAAACAAAUUUGUAUCUGUAACUCUCAGGAGUUAAUUAUUAUUCCACAGUAUUAUUUUGUUUUAUCAAAACAGACUGAUCUAUUAGAAAACUAGCCUGUGAAUGUAUGUGCAAAGUAUAGUCCAUAAAAGAGAACAAGGCAGGAAAGAUAUGUAAAGUGGAGGCAGCUUGUAUUAUUUUGCAGCUUUUUUUGUGAGCUUAAGAAUUAUUAGUUACAGUACAUUCAAAUUGAAUUGUUUAUUUAGAGAGUCACUUUUUUACAUAUAUGUCACACACUCACUAAUCUCAGGCAGCAGAGGAGCAUGUAUGUAAAACCUCCCUCUAUCCCCACUCUAACACACUAAACGUUAACCUCUACAAUACCCUAACAUACUACACUAACAGAGUUAUGCAGUAAAGUGAGAAUCGCUGAAAAUUAUAACAGGGCUAUUAACUAAAGUAUGAAUGGCCCUGUAUUGAAUUGGGCAAAACCGUCAAUUAUUGUACGUGGCCAUCCUGAUUGCAAUAUCUGGACAGUGUUCACGCUAUUUAGCAACAUCUGGAUUUUGAACUGCAGGUGCAGAAUGAGCCUGAAAUUGGUCCAUAUUUAGCCGGACCGAUCACUGCAGUACACCUGAAAUCAGGGUGUUAGAUUGUUAAAACUCAGGCCCAUACGCUUAAAAUCCAGACCAGAUUUAAAAAAUACGGACUAUUUGCCCACCAAAAUACGGACUAUUUGUGAGUGUUAACUAUGUGGUGGCUGUCUAGCAGGUGCUGGCCAGCUACCACAUAAUUAACUAAUUACUAGCACUCACAGAAGGAAAAUUAUCAUUCACUUGCAAAAAAAUAAAUUUAAUUAUAUUUUUUUUAAUCGGUGCUUUAUAAAUAUUUUAUACUUUUUUUAGACACUGUUCUGCAAUUGUUGCAGAUUCACCCAGUUUAACAGAAUUCCAAUUGCAUUUGGCUUUAGUAAAUAUGUAAAUUGGCAUUCCCGUAGGUCUAUCAGGACAAAAACUUGUGUUCAGUGACUUACCACGUAAGAUUUCAAAGUGAAUUCAAAAUAGCCAAACUGAAAAUAUUCUCUAUAUCAACUAUGUCUUUGGUCCAGCUAAUCUGGUUUAAAUUUUAAUUUCACUUUGAAUUCUCACUUUACUGAAUAACCUUGAUAGUGAAUCCAAAGGGAAUUUCAAAUUUAAGAUCAAAAAAGCCAAGCAAAAGAACUGAAUUGACUUGACUUGAUUAACUUGAAAUAAACUUUAAAUUCCCAGCAAAUCUCACUUUAGUGAAUAGCCCUGUAAAUAUUUCCCCCCACUAACAUAAAAAUCUCAAUAGAAGAGAUACAUAAUGCUAAAUCCUUUAUGGGGAAAUGAUGUCAUCCCAGGGUUCUGGAUAAAUUUAUAAGCAUUCAACCAUCAGUCUGGUGGUUUAUUCUAUUGUCUCAAAAUGCCCUUAAUGGCAUUUGUCUCAUUUCCUAGCACCCUGUUACUCUCUUUUCAUAUACAUAUACGCAUCAUAACAACAACAACAACAACAGAACUUGUCCAAAUAUUGCUUCUUGGCGCAAAAAUACAUAAGGUAAAAAAGAGCACUCCAAAAGAUUAAUCUUGAUAAAGCUCCAGGAGGGUCAAAACGUUGAUUACAAUUAUACACUUCUGAAAAAUCCUUUGGAGUGCUCUUUAUUUACUAAAUAUAUAAGGA